AUGAAUAAUACUAAUAAUAAUCAAGAAAUAAUAUCCAAUUACCCCAGUAAUUUAUCAUCGAAUAUUAAUUGUCAUAAUCACUCUGACAAGAACAUUGAAUGUGUGGAAAAUGAAAAGUUUGAUAGUGAUUUAAGAUUGAAAAACUUGGUAACCGAAGAUUUAGUUGAAAAUAAUCAAGCUACACAAAUAGACAGUGAUGUUCACGAUGAAAAAGAGGAAGAUAUUGAUCGUGUAGCCUAUGAAAUUGAAUUACGACGACUUGAAGUUGAUUUUGCAGUUAUAUCACAAUUAUAUGCUGUGCAUAAACAAAGAGCAAAAGAGACGAAAUUUGAAUCAUAUAAAAUUGCAUAUAAAUCUAAUUCUAAAAAGUUGAAGGAUAUCACUCAACAAAUGAAUCAUAUCAAAAAUAUAUUAUUGUCAAAUCAGCAAUUGAAUAAAAAGCAGCCUGUUAUUUCAGUUGACAGAAAAAUAAUACAAAAUCAGUUUCGCAAGCGACGAAGAACAUGGAAUCCACUUAAACUUAGUUCUUCUAACUGGACUAUAGGGAGCGGUGCAUCACCUAGACGAUCAAAGCUUGAUGCGAUAAAAUUUCAUGAUAUCUCCACACCGGUCACACCUAAUACCACUACAAAAAUUCCAAACAAUUGUCUUGAACGUAAAAACAACAUUUUUACAGAUGCCCCUCAGUCAACAAUUGUAGGAAGACGGACACAACAUACUCUCCCACGUCAUAGUAAGCUCUGCUAUGAAGAAUCUUUCAAGUGUGAGGAAUCGGUUGCAGAAUGUCCAGUACAACAAGUUAUUGAUGAAUACUUUCAUCCAGAUCCUCUUACUACAAUGAAUGCAACGCCAAUUAAGCAAGAUAUAACAACUGAAUCUAAAUCCACCUCAUCUAAUUCAGUUUUAUAUCCUGUAGAAACUAGAUAUGUUACUGCUUUGAACAAAGGUUUCCAUCAUCCUUCUGAUUCCAAUACUACCAAUCCUCCGACACUAACCACCGCUGUCGUUCAACAUAAACUAACAUCUCCAGAUCGUACUGUACAUAAAACGGUUGUUCAUGAUCGACGUCGAAAAUAUGUUAAAACAUCCAAACGUUCACAUUCAUUAUCAUCAGAACUCUUCAUUGUUUCUGUUGAUGAUACAUACAAUCUUCCACAUAGUCUACUGAACAAAAUUGCUCGAGUUCGCUCUCUACCACAAUUCAACAAUAAUCAAAAUUGUUCCAGUGAAUACAUGGAUAAUACAAAAAAGAAAACAGUCCAUGAAAGUUAUUCAAUUGAUGGGAAACUUAAAAAUCUUAAACGUCAACCACUAAGUGUAACGACACAGUCAUCAGGUAUUGGUUUCAACAAUUCAUCUGCUUCUGUUGAAUACACUGACAUACUUGGAUCGCCUAACUUGAAUUGUGUUAAGUGUAUACCUAAAAAGACUACCUCAUCAAAUACAUCCUCGUCCAACUGGUCGACUUCAGGUUGUUCAUGUUUAUCUUCACAGACAAACAAUUCGUCUCCAUAUGAAGAAAGGGUUUUAAAAAUAAAUGAGGACUUACAUGAUGAGGAAAGACAAAAAUCGGAAUCCAAAACAACCGCCUCUGAUGAAUGUUCCAAUACACCAGCAAAAAAUUGUUUAGAAGAAACAACUGGAAACAAGGUUAUACUGAGACAUAUUGACAAAAGAGGAAGAAGGGUACCUACUACUCUCAUAGAAAAUAUCAAUACACUACCUUUUGGAAUAGCAGUUUCUGCCAGAUGUAUUUGCAGCUGCUUUUCGGAACAUGGUCAUCUUAUAGCUACUUCUGAGUCGCAUAUUUGUCAAUGUUGUCAUUCAGAUAACCUUACUAACAUAGAUACAUCAACAACACUCAAUAAAUCUGACUUUAGAACUAUCAACAAUCUCUCUACAGCACAUGAUGAGGGUAACAUAGCGUCUCUGCCAUCUUCCAUAUGUUAUAGUGAAGAAACACGAUCAGUCAAUACAUCUACUGGUGAUCAACAUCAUUCAAAGACCCAUUUAAACUGUUAUUCGUUACAAACUCCAAAAAGUUAUGAUAAAAGUCAGGAGAACGAAGAACGUCUUAUUUCGCAAACUCCUAAUAAUAACCCGGCUACACUUGUGAAUUCCAAAAGUGCUCUUAAAGGUCGAUUAAGUUUAAAACCAUUUUCUUUAUUAAGACGUGCUGUUUCAAAAGUUACAACAAAUUCAGGACGUCGUUCACUUAAUGCAAAUACACCUUUCACAAUAAAUAGAAAAAAGUGUAUCACUAGUCCAGCAAUAUUACCAUCUCUUGCCACAGAAAGACUAAAGGAAAUAAACACUAGUAGUCUCACAAAUGAUAAUACUGAUACUUGUAGAAGAUCUAAAUGUUCAUUUAUUGAGACUCGUGAUCCCUUGGGAUACCAAUCAAAUUCUAGUAUUUAUACCACAACAAAUAAUAGCAAUGUACGUCAUUUUACAUGGGCCAAAAAACUUCGACAUUCAAUACGUCCAUCACAUGUGCUAUCAAAUAAAUGUGUAAACUAA